CUUGGAAAACACCGGGCUCACUCAUAUAUGGCGUGCGGGCCAGGGCUGUGUGCUCGCGAUGGCAUCUGCUCAGUGGCCCUGCCUCCUUUUGGUCCUGUCCUCUGGCUUGGUGGCUUCUGGCUUCCAAAAAAGCCCCUCCAGGUCACUUGGGAAACGGAGCCUCUCGGAAGGGGUGGUCAAAGGCAUUGAGGUCUACAGUACCAAGAUCAGUUGCAAGGUGACCUCCCGCUUUGCUCACAAUAUUGUCACCACGAGGGCUGUCAAUCGUGCAGACACCUCCAAGGAGGUGUCUUUUGAUGUGGAGCUGCCCAAGACAGCCUUCAUCACCAACUUCACCUUGACCAUUGACGGCAUCACCUACCCUGGGAACGUCAAGGAGAAGGAGGUCGCCAAGAAGCAGUAUGAGAAGGCUGUGUCCCAGGGCAAGACAGCUGGCUUGGUCAAGGCCUCCGGGAGGAAGCUGGAAAAAUUCACGGUGUCAGUCAACGUGGCUGCGGGCAGCAAGGUCACCUUUGAGCUGACCUACGAGGAGCUGCUCAAGAGGCACAAGGGCAAGUACGAGAUGUUCCUCAAGGUCCAGCCCAAGCAACUGGUCAAGCACUUUGAGAUCGAGGCAGACAUCUUCGAACCCCAGGGCAUCAGCUCCCUGGACGCAGAGGCCUCAUUCAUCACCAAUGACCUCCUGGGAAGCGCCCUCACCAAGUCCUUCUCAGGAAAAAAGGGCCACGUGUCCUUCAAGCCCAGCUUGGACCAGCAGCGGUCCUGCCCUACCUGUACAGACUCCCUCCUCAACGGUGACUUCACCAUCACCUACGACGUGAACAGGGAGUCUCCAGCCAACGUGCAGAUAGUCAACGGCUACUUUGUGCACUUCUUUGCACCCCAAGGCCUUCCAGUGGUGCCUAAGAAUGUGGUCUUCGUGAUUGAUGUCAGCGGCUCCAUGUACGGUCGGAAAAUGGAGCAGACAAAGGACGCCCUGCUCAGAAUCCUGGAGGACAUGAGCGAGGAGGACUACCUGAAUUUCAUCCUGUUCAGUGGCCACGUCACCACGUGGAAGGACAGCUUAGUCCGAGCCACUCCGGAGAACAUCCAGGAAGCCAGGGCGUUUGUGAAGAGUAUCAAAGACCAAGGAAUGACCAACAUCAACGACGGGCUGCUGAGGGGCAUCAGCAUGCUGAACAAGGCCCGGGAGGAGCGCAGAGUCCCAGAGAGGAGCACCUCCAUCGUCAUCAUGCUGACGGACGGGGACGCCAACGUUGGGGAGAGCAGACCGGAGAAAAUCCAAGAGAACGUGCGAAACGCCAUUGGGGGCAAAUUCCCCUUGUAUAACCUGGGCUUUGGCAACAAUCUGAAUUAUAACUUCCUGGAGAGCAUGGCCCUGGAGAACCACGGGCUUGCCCGGCGCAUUUACGAGGAUUCUGAUGCCCAUUUACAGCUGCAGGUAGGCCUGUUCUUGCACACCUCCAGGCAUAAGGAACUCAUGACUUCCCCAGGUGGCUGUUACACUGCCCAGAGAGGAAACACGGCCUGUCCACCUGUUCCGGGGGGGCUGGUGAACCAGUCUUUUCUGAAUGCUACGUCCCGCUCUGCGCCUCCCCACAGCAAGAAAGCCCAUGGCGAGGAGAAGGAGAACCUCACGGCCCAGGCCCUGGACCUGUCCCUCAAGUACCACUUUGUGACCCCACUGACCUCCAUGGUGGUCACCAAGCCCGAGGACAGUGAGGACCAGACGGCCAUCGCUGACAAGCCCGGGGAAGGGCCUGUGGACGCAGUGACUCCCUCCUCAGUUUACCUGACCAGCUACCAGCCUCCUCAGACCCCCUACUACUACGUGGACGGGGACCCCCACUUCAUCAUCCAAGUCCCAGAGAAGGGCGAUGCCAUCUGCUUCAACAUCGAUGAAGCCCCGGGCACGGUGCUGCGCCUCAUUCAGGACCCUGUCACAGGCCUCACAGUCAACGGGCAGAUCAUCGGUGAGAAGAGAGACAGCCCUGAUUCCAAGGCCACAAAGACAUACUUUGGCAAAGUGGGCAUUGCCAGGGCCCCCAUGGACCUCCGGAUCGAGGUGACCCCGGAGAAGGUCGCCCUGUGGAAUGGGGCUGCACAGAGCACCUUCAGCUGGCUGGACACAGUCACCAUCACACAGGAAGGGCUAUCCGUGAGGAUCAACAGGAAGGAGAACAUGGUGGUCUCCUUUGGCGAUGGGGUUACCUUUGUGGUUGUCCUGCACCAGGUGUGGAAGAAACAUCCUGUCCACCAGGACUUUCUGGGCUUCUACGUGGCGGACAGUCGCCGGAUGUCGGCACAGACACACGGGCUGCUGGGACAAUUCUUCCACCCCUUUGACUUUAAAGUGUCUGAUGUCCACCCGGGCUCUGAUCCCACAAAGCCAGAUGCCACAAUGGUGGUGAAGAACCACCGGCUGACAGUCACCAGGGGCUCCCAGAAAGACUACAGGAAGGAUGUCGGCACCGGCACGAAGGUUGCCUGCUGGUUCGUCCACAACAAUGGGCAGGGGCUGAUUGAUGGUGUCCACACCGACUACAUUGUCCCCGAUCUGUUCUGAGCAAACAUGCCAGCUCCUGCUGAGAUGGCUGCCUCGGCUCACCUGGCGUGUGGACAGGGACACAGAGGGGGACCGAGGGAGGGCUCGGACAAUAAAGGCUGAGGGCAAGACUGCCA